CCACCCUCCAUGGCGCCCCUGGCCUUGGUGGGGUUUGUACUCCUCCUGGGAACUCCCCUGUGCUCGGGGGCAGCCACCCCGACCCCAUCCCUGCCACCUCCCCCAGCCAAUGACAGUGAUACCAGCACAGGGGCGUGUGAGGGCUCCAACCGCUGCCAGCCAGGGGUUCUGCUGCCCGUUUGGGAGCCUGAUGACCCAUCGCUAGGUGACAAAGCCGCGCGGGCUGUGGUCUACUUUGUGGCCAUGGUCUACAUGUUUCUGGGUGUGUCCAUCAUCGCCGAUCGCUUCAUGGCAUCCAUUGAGGUCAUCACAUCAAAGGAGAAGGAGAUCACCAUCACCAAGGCCAAUGGUGAGACCAGCGUGGGCACUGUCCGCAUCUGGAACGAGACUGUGUCCAACCUCACACUCAUGGCCCUGGGCUCCUCAGCACCUGAGAUCCUGCUGUCUGUAAUCGAGGUCUGCGGCCACAACUUCCAGGCGGGUGAGCUGGGCCCGGGCACCAUCGUGGGCAGUGCUGCCUUCAACAUGUUUGUGGUCAUUGCUGUGUGCAUCUAUGUCAUCCCGGCUGGUGAGAGCCGCAAGAUCAAGCACUUGCGAGUCUUCUUCGUCACUGCCUCUUGGAGUAUCUUCGCCUACGUCUGGCUUUAUCUCAUCCUUGCUGUCUUCUCCCCAGGUGUGGUCCAGGUGUGGGAAGCGCUGCUGACCCUCGUGUUCUUCCCGGUGUGCGUGGUGUUCGCUUGGAUGGCGGACAAGCGGCUGCUCUUCUACAAGUACGUGUACAAGCGCUACCGCACCGACCCGCGCAGCGGCAUCAUCAUCGGCGCUGAGGGCGACCCCCCUAAGAGCAUAGAGCUGGAUGGCACGUUCGUGGGCGCCGAGGUGCCAGGCGAUGUGGGCGGCCUCGGCCCGGGCCCCAUGGAGGCCCGCGAGCUGGACGCCAGCCGCCGUGAGGUCAUCCAGAUCCUCAAGGACCUCAAGCAGAAGCACCCGGACAAGGACCUGGAGCAGCUGGUGGGCAUCGCCAACUAUUACGCCCUUCUGCACCAGCAGAAGAGCCGCGCCUUCUACCGCAUUCAGGCCACGCGACUGAUGACCGGCGCUGGAAACGUGCUGCGGCGACACGCGGUGGACGCCUCACGUCGGGCCAGCCCCGCCGAGGGUUCUGGUGAGGACGAGGAUGAUGGCGCCAGCCACAUCUUCUUCGAGCCCAGCCUCUACCACUGCCUGGAGAACUGUGGCUCCGUGCUGCUCUCGGUCACUUGCCAAGGCGGUGAGGGCAACAGCACCUUCUACGUGGACUACCGAACUGAGGACGGCUCCGCGAAGGCGGGCUCCGACUAUGAGUACAGCGAGGGCACGCUGGUGUUCAAGCCUGGCGAGACGCAGAAGGAGCUGCGUAUCGGCAUCAUCGACGACGACAUCUUUGAAGAGGACGAACACUUCUUCGUGCGGUUGCUGAACCUGCGCGUGGGCGACGCGCAGGGCAUGUUCGAGCCUGAUGGCGGCGGGCGGCCCAAGGGGCGGCUGGUGGCGCCACUGCUGGCCACAGUCACCAUCCUAGACGACGACCACGCGGGCAUCUUCUCCUUCCAGGACAGGCUGCUGCACGUGAGCGAGUGUAUGGGCACCGUGGACGUGCGCGUGGUGCGCAGCUCGGGUGCGCGCGGCACCGUGCGCCUCCCUUACCGCACGGUGGACGGCACGGCGCGCGGCGGUGGCGUGCAUUAUGAGGACGCGUGCGGUGAGCUGGAGUUUGGCGACGACGAGACCAUGAAAACUCUUCAAGUGAAAAUAGUUGAUGACGAGGAAUAUGAGAAAAAGGAUAAUUUCUUCAUUGAGCUCGGCCAGCCUCAGUGGCUUAAACGAGGGAUUUCAGCCCUGCUACUCAAUCAAGGGGACGGGGACAGGAAGCUGACGGCUGAGGAGGAAGAGGCUCGGAGGAUAGCAGAGAUGGGCAAGCCAGUUCUUGGGGAAAACUGCCGGCUUGAAGUCAUCAUAGAAGAGUCAUAUGAUUUUAAGAACACAGUGGAUAAACUCAUCAAGAAAACCAACCUGGCUUUGGUGAUUGGGACCCAUUCGUGGAGAGAGCAGUUUUUAGAGGCUAUUACGGUGAGCGCAGGGGACGAGGAGGAGGAGGAGGACGGGUCCCGGGAGGAGCGGCUGCCGUCAUGCUUUGACUACGUCAUGCACUUCCUGACGGUGUUCUGGAAGGUGCUGUUCGCCUGCGUGCCCCCCACUGAGUACUGCCAUGGCUGGGCCUGCUUCGGCGUCUGCAUCCUGGUCAUUGGCCUGCUCACCGCCCUCAUCGGGGACCUCGCCUCCCACUUUGGCUGCACUGUUGGCCUCAAGGACUCUGUCAACGCCGUAGUCUUCGUGGCUCUGGGCACCUCCAUCCCUGACACCUUCGCCAGCAAGGUAGCAGCGCUGCAGGACCAGUGCGCAGAUGCGUCCAUUGGCAAUGUGACCGGUUCCAACGCGGUGAACGUUUUCCUGGGCCUGGGAGUGGCCUGGUCUGUGGCGGCCGUGUACUGGGCGGUGCAGGGCCGCCCCUUCGAGGUGCGCACGGGCACGCUGGCCUUCUCCGUCACGCUCUUCACCGUCUUCGCCUUCGUGGGCAUCGCCGUGCUGCUGUACCGACGCCGGCCGCACAUCGGCGGUGAGCUGGGUGGCCCGCGCGGCCCCAAGCUCGCCACCACCGCGCUCUUCCUGGGCCUCUGGUUCCUGUACAUCCUCUUCGCCAGCCUCGAGGCAUACUGCCACAUCCGAGGCUUCUAGGGCACCUCUGCAGAGACUCGGCCUCCGCUGGGAGCCCUUCUUCCUUUGUGACCUCCAGAGAUGCAGUGUCCUCUCCUGGGACUCAGCCUCCCUUCUUCUGGGAAUUGAAGCCCUCUGUCCUGUGCCCAGUAACAGCCUCCUCCCUUCCUCUGGACAACCUCCCCAGUUAGCCCAAACUCCUGCUCAACCUGCCACACCCCUGAGGACAUUUCCAUCUCCAUGAUCCUCCCCUGAGAACCUCCCUCCCAGGGACCCUCUAGAGAUUUCAUCUGCCAUCUCCCGAGACCCCCAGCCUUGCUCUGUCUCUUAAGACCCCUUUGCUCAGAGGACCCUCACCAGCACCACUACCACAGACCUGUGCCCCAGGGUCUCAGAACUUAGGCCUCCCUGGGGGAGCCUGGAAGGAGGCUGAUCCACCCCAGGAUGUCACAGGUCUCCACUCUCCUCCCAGCCAUCAGGGACCUCCAUCCAGGGCCAUGGGGAAGUGGGGAGAGGAACAAGUGGGUGCCUGUGUAAAGAGGGCACAGCUUCCCGAUUUCUCCACUCAGGCCCUUGGGAGGAUGCUAAUUCUCGAGGCUUGGAGAAGGGAGGGGAGAAGUUUGGGGUUUCAGAGCUGGAGGAGGCACACUGCGAGCCUGCAACUUCUCACAUUCCAGCACCCCCACUUGCCUCCACUACCUCUGAGACCCCAGCCACACCUUGGAGGAGAGGGGGGGCCUGUGUGUGUAUAUAGUGUG